UCGAGUCGACAUUGGGACAGCGUUUUUCCUCCUGAGAGCUAUUGUAGGACCCCGGGUCCUCGGUUUGCGGAAACAAAGAAACACGGGAAGCAAGACAGAUUCAGUUCUGCAGUGACGAUAAACCAAUACUCCAUUUACUGGAGAAGCACCACGGUGCGAGGUGUUCGUGUGCGGUUCUUGUGAAGCGAAUAGAAUAUCAUAAAGCACACAAAAAGCCAGCGAUAGAAUGAUCCGGAUGGGUAUGGUUCUGGUCGCGCUUUGCUACCUGAUCGCUUUGGUGGCAAGCGUCGAUCGGAACAACUUCAAAACCUGCGAACAGAGCAGCUUCUGUCGCCGGUUGCGUUCGCUGGAACCACAGACGAGUGAGUUUGAGGUGUUGCCGCAGACGCUGCAACAAUUCAAGCAGUACGUUACAUUGACCCUUGUCCACCAAUACACCAAGCAUGAGUAUACGCUGAAGUUGGCAUGUGUGAAGGGAGGUGGAUCGUUCCACAUGCAGGUGGAUGAGAAGCAACCGCUGAGUGUCAGGUACCGUGUGCAGGAUGCACUCGUACAAGAACCACAAUAUGGUCCUACCAAGGUGGAAAGUACGUCCGGCACGCUAAUUAUGGUGGCUUGCGGUGAGGGCAACGGUGUAAAGGCCGCCAUCCAGGUCGCUCCGUUCAAGGUGGACUUUUUCCAGCAAGGCAAGCUGGUGGUGACGGCAAACGGUAAAGGUAUGAUGCGGUUCGAACAUUUGCGUCACAAACCGGAACCGAAGGCGGAACAGAACGUGGUAGAUGAGGCGGAACCGGCACAAAAGGAGGGUGAGCAGGCGGAGCAAGCGGAUGAACCACCGGCAGAUGAUCCGGGUGCAUGGGAGGAAAACUUUAAAUCCCACCACGACUCGAAGCCGAAAGGACCGGAAGGGUUGGCGCUGGAUUUUACCUUCCCGCAGGCGAAGGUCCUGUUUGGUAUUCCGGAACAUGCGGAUACGUUCGCGCUGCGUCACACGGCCACGAAGGGAACCGAUCCGUACCGGUUGUACAAUCUGGAUGUGUUUGAGUACGAGCUGAACAAUGGUAUGGCAUUGUACGGUUCGGUACCGGUAGUGUACGGUCAUGGGGAAACAUCGACCAGUGCGGUGUUUUGGCUGAAUGCGGCAGAAACGUGGGUCGAUGUGUUUAGCACGAACCGUGACUCGGACGUUGUUUCGUCACUGGUCAAUCUGGUAUCGUGGAACAGCCAGACGGAACCACCGGCCGCCAACUUCAUCUCGGAGAGUGGCAUUAUGGAUGUGUUUGUGCUGCUCGGUCCAGGGCCGAUCGAUGCGUUCCGACAGUACACCGACCUGACCGGAAAGGGACCGUUGCCGCAGCUGUACGCGAUCGCUUACCAUCAGUGCCGUUGGAACUACAACGACGAACGGGACGUGGAGAUGGUUUCGGCCAAGUUCGACGAGCAUGACAUACCGAUGGACACGAUGUGGCUGGAUAUAGAGUACACGGACGGUAAGCGCUACUUUACCUGGGAUCACCACAAGUUCCCACAUCCGGUCGAGAUGAUUCGCAACCUGACCGACCUAGGACGUCACCUCACAAUCAUUAUCGAUCCGCACAUUAAGCGCGAUGGAGGAUAUUUCUUCCACAACGAGUGCACCGACCGUGGACUUUAUGUGAAGAACAAGGAUGGUGGUGAUUACGAAGGAUGGUGCUGGCCAGGUGCGGCCAGUUACGUGGAUUUCUUCAGCCCGGACGCACGGCGUCAUUACGCAGACCAGUAUCUGCUGGAAAAGUUCCGCGAACAGUCGGAAACGGUCGGCAUCUGGAACGAUAUGAAUGAACCGUCUGUGUUUAAUGGACCGGAGGUGACCAUGCUGAAGGAUAAUGUGCACCACGGUGGGUUAGAGCAUCGCGACGUGCACAAUCUGUACGGUCACAUGCAGCUGAUUGCCACAUUCGAUGGUUUGUUGCGGCGUGGCAACGGCCGCUUGCGUCCGUUCAUUCUAACCCGGUCACACUUUGCGGGCAGCCAGCGCUAUGCGGCUGUUUGGACGGGUGACAACAUGGCGGACUGGGGACAUUUGCAGGCAUCGAUCAAAAUGUGCCUUUCGCUGUCGGUCGCCGGUAUUAGCUUCUGCGGUGCGGAUGUCGGUGGUUUCUUUGGCAAUCCGGACGGUGAGCUGUUUUCGCGCUGGUAUCAAACCGGUGCAUUCCAACCGUUCUUCCGUUCGCACGCACACAUCGAUACGAAGCGGCGCGAACCGUGGUUGUUCCCGGAGGAUGUAAAGCUCGUCAUACGGGAUGCUAUCCGGAAGCGUUACCGGCUGUUGCCAUUCUGGUACACGAUGUUUUACGAGCAUGAGCGCAGUGGGCUACCGAUUAUGCGCCCGCUACUCGCGCACUACCCAACGGAUGUAAACGCAUUCGCGAUCGAUCAUCAGUAUCUGCUCGGGGAUCAACUGCUGGUGGCGCCGGUGCUGGACCAGAAGCAGCAGCGAAGUCGCGAGGUGUACUUCCCGGUGCGGGGUGAUGGACAAGGAGACUGGUGGUACGAUUGCGACACGUACCGCAAGCACACUGGCACCGGUGUAGAAGCGAUCCCGGUCGAUAACUACAAGGUGCCAGUGUUCCAGCGCGGUGGUACGAUUCUGCCGACGAAGGAACGUAUUCGCCGUGCAUCGACGCUGAUGCGACAUGAUCCGUACACAUUGACGGUGGCCCUGGAUCGGGAUGGACGUGCAAAGGGUACGCUAUAUAUAGACGACGAGCAAAGCUACGAAUAUCGGCGGGGUCACUACCUUUACUUGGAGUUUGAGUUCCGCGACGGUGUACUGAGCAGCCGGAAAAUUGACACCACCGCCACCUACCAGACGGAUACAUGGCUCGAGCGGGUGGUUAUCGUCGGGCUGGGAAAGGUCCCAACAGCGGCCACCCUCUAUACCGAUGCGUCCGGCGCUGCCACUGGUCGGUUGGAGCUGGAGCGUGCUGGAGAUGUUGUGACCGUGCGCAAACCGGGCGUGUCCAUGCUUGACGCUUGGUCGAUUAAACUCGAUUUCUAAGCUUUGUGCGGAGAGUGCACUGCAGAUGUUUAGUCAUAGUAAGAUGUUCCCUUUGGCUGCAAGCGUGAGAUUUAAGGGUGAACGAAAUUGGUAGGAACUAAUUUAGGCAUGAACGACAAUUAUGAUUGAUCACACACUGUGAUUUGUGUGUUUGGGUGUGUUGCACUCUUACGCGAACAUGCAGUUCCGCUAGUCGUGCGAAUUGUUUAAGGGGGAGGAUAUACAUUCAGACACUUGGAAAAGGAGAAGGAAAACUGGCUCAUAUUUUGGAUACAGGGCGUUUUAAAAAGCAGUAUACACAUUCGACAAUACACAAAGAAUUAAUAAGUAUAAAACCUCCCCUCAUGAAUGAAUAUAUUGUUAUGUACGUUUUUCGGUAAACACUCAUGUAACGUAAAAAAUUCAUCUGAAAUCUAAAUUUCGAAAAACUCAUGAAAUUUUUCAAGAGCAAUUUAAAGAUAACAAGCCUUGUCAAGUACAAGCGAGUUGCAUAAAUGAUCACACAAUGAAAAGUCAAUCGUUUUACAAGUUUUCAAGAUAUUCCAAGUUCGGUUUUUACACGCGGGGUAUCUUCGCCCUUUGGACUACAACUUCGCUGCUUUCAAGAACAUUGACUUAACAUAUUUAGUUCGCUAAACAAUUGUUUUUGUAUAUGUGUUUAUGGUUGUAUAUCUCUUCCCGUUAGGCAAAUAUCGCCUGUUAAUGACAGCGGUACGUAGCUGUCGGUGAGAGUAGUGUGUACCAAUGGGAGGACGAGGUAGUAUGAAAGAUAAACGAAUGUAACUCACGUCGUAUGGGAAUUUAAAAGAUAGAAUUUUGAAUAAAACCAAUACUUUCCAUAAUGUAGCUAAAUUUCGUUGUUUGCAUUACUUUUGACUAUUUUG